AUGGAAUUCACCGAUGAUUCCUGCUACGAGGAGUUCACCACCCUACAGACAAAGCGCAUGUUCGACAUGUGGUACUACUACCGCGAUCCCCGUCCCUGCUUCGCAGACAACUGUCUCCGUGCUCUCCGCUCCUCGAGCGUGCCAGGCCGCUUGGAAGAAUCGCAGGCGUUCUGUCAUGACUUCACGAUGUUCUUGGUCAAGGAGGUUUCGCUCGUCAAGCCGUACGCAGCGUCCGCUUGCGAUGGAAAUGUCAUCUCGAGAGUCUCCUCGGCUUGCUCGUGCUUGCCGUACCCUACAUCCACUACUUCACCAUUACCUACAUCUACUACUACACCUACACCUACAUCUACUGCAUGA